AUGGUCGUCUCCUAUCCCCCUGUGGGUGGGCUCUCGGGUCAUCACUCUGUUGUGUUUGGUCCGUAUUCUAGGUACCUUUGGAAGUUUGGUGGCUCGAAAUUGACUUGGCUUCGCCAAAAGGCCUCAUCUCUAAGAGCCCCACCUCGCUCUUGUGACAUGUUAUGUUUCCCCUCUUUAUUCUCAAGUAAAGGGCCCCAUUGUUGGAAAGGCUCGGCUUUAAAACCAUACAUGGAGCUUCCACCUCAUACGGUUCCUUUAGGGAUGGAGAAAAGAGAACUCUACCCCUUACUUUCAAAAAUGAUGAAUAUUAAGUCCAAGAGGCUACAGGUCGUGAUGUGCCUUGAGAUGGUCGUCUCCUAUCCCCCUGUGGGUGGGCUCUCGGGUCAUCACUCUGUUGUGUUUGGUCCGUAUUCUAGGUACCUUUGGAAGGCCCCAUUGUUGGAAAGGCUCGGCUUUAAAACCAUACAUGGAGCUUCCACCUCAUACGGUUCCUUUAGGGAUGGAGAAUCUAAUGAAGAGGAGGGUGAUGACAAGGAGGAAGAAGGUGGUGAUGCAGGCGAUGAUGAUGAGGGAGAUGAAGAAAAGGGUGAUGAAGGUGAUGAUGACGAUGCAGAUGAAUAG